UCUCCUCGCUCCCUCUUCACUAGUCUCUAGUCUCUACUUAAAUUCUCUGCUAAAAUAUCUACCAGACCAAAAACUGAGAACCUCCAAGAACAUUUCCAUCCAUGACCGCCAAACAUCGCUGUUAGCCUUAUCUGUCACAGACCCUCCACCACUACUAUUUAACCAUGGUCUCCCCCGAGCCCUCCUCUCACCCCCAACCAAUGUCGAAGCCCUCUUUACGAGCCAAAGCCUCCUCAUGGCUCACCGACGGCCUUCUCUUCCUCGGCGGCGCAUUUCUCGCUCUUUUACUCCUCAUCACUAUAUGGUCCUUCAUACACCCCAACUCCACUUCCGCCCCCAAUUUCGGGCGUACCGUCACUCCGCCCCGGUCCAAUUCGGUUCGUCAUUACGACCCGGGUCCGAAUCUACAGUCCGACCCGCCCGACCGGACCUUCUACGACGACCCGGAGCUGACCUACUCUAUUGGCAACCCGGUUAAAAACUGGGACGAGAAGCGGAGCCAGUGGCUACUGCAUCAUCCUUCAUUCGGCGCCGGAGCAGCCGAACGGAUUCUCAUGGUGACGGGAUCGCAGCCGUCCCCGUGUAAGAAUCCUAUCGGCGAUCAUUUGCUGCUGAGAUUCUUCAAGAACAAAGUGGACUACUGCAGAAUACACGGCCACGACUUGUUCUACAACAACGCGUUCCUUCACCCGGAAAUGAAGAGCUACUGGGCCAAGAUUCCGGUCAUCCGGGCCGCCAUGGUGGCCCACCCGGAGGCCGAGUGGAUCUGGUGGGUCGACUCGGACGCGUUGUUCACCGACAUGGAGUUCAAGCUACCGUUAGAGAAGUACAGGAGCCACAACCUCAUCGUUCACGGCUGGGCCCACUUGAUUCUGGACACCCACAGCUGGACGGGGUUAAACGCCGGCGUGUUUCUGAUCAGGAACUGCCAGUGGUCCAUGGACUUCCUCGAGGCCUGGGCCGGAAUGGGCCCGCAGACGCCGGACUACGAGAAGUGGGGGGAGACGCUCCGGGCGACGUUCAAGGACAAGGCGUUCCCGGAGUCGGACGAUCAGACGGGCCUGGCGUACCUGAUUUACAAAGAGAACGAGAAAUGGGCGGACAGGAUUUACUUAGAGAGCGAUUACUAUUUCGAAGGGUAUUGGACCGAAAUAGUCGGCACCCUGGAUAACAUCACCGAGAAGUACACGGAGAUAGAGAAGCGGGAAGGGGACGAGGACGUGGCGCGGCUGAGGAGGCGACACGCGGAGAAGGUGAGCGAGCAAUACGGUGCGUUUAGGGAGAAGUUUUUGAAGGACGCGGGGUCUGGGUACGGGGUGGGCAGCUGGAGGAGACCGUUCGUCACGCACUUCACCGGAUGCCAGCCCUGCAGUGGGGACCACAAUCAGAUGUAUUCCGGGGAGUCUUGCUGGGACGGCAUGCAAAAGGCGUUGAACUUCGCCGAUAAUCAGGUGCUUCGUAAAUAUGGGUUCGUGCACCCGAGCGCAGUGGAUUCGUCACUCCAGCCAUUGCCGUUUAACUAUCCGGUGGUGUCGUAAGAGUCGUUUGAUUUUAUCAUGGUCACAUAGAAAGG